CCCGUGGGCGGAGCCUUCAGGGAGGCGUGGCCUCCUAACGUCUCGCCCGGCCGUUGCCGGGAUGUUGUCACGUGUCCAGCCGUUGCCAAGGGGCGCGGCUUCGAUCCGUUGCCACGGCGAUGGCGUCUGUUUCUCCUUUCCCAUUGGCCGGGCCGCUGCGGGGGGCGUGGCCUCUCGCCGUUACCACGGAGACCGCGCCCUUCGGCCCGAUCCUCGCUCUCCCAUUGGCUGCGGCCGCCCGGUACCGGCGGGGGACGCUCUUCCCAUGGCGACCGCGCUGGAGGCGGCGCUGGGCACGGCGUGCUGCUGGGGGCUGUCCCCAGCUCUCGAUCUCCACCAACACUUCCUGGACGCCGGCAGCGGCGAUGCGACGGCGCUUCUCGUAGGGGCGGCAGAGGGGCGGCACCUCCUGCUCACGGCCUCACGAGCGCACCGGGAGCCGCGCUCCACCCUCACCAUCUUCGUGGCCGAGCAGCGUCCCGAGGCCGUGGCCCGGCAGCUCCUCUUCCUCCUCCUUGCUACCACCGAACCCCCGGGGAGCACCGGGCUGCGGGCCCGCGCUGCCGCUCUCCUGGAGCUGGUGGGAUCCGUCCGCCUCCGCCCCUCCACCGCCCGGCUCCUGGGGGGCGCUGCGGAGCGGCUCCGGCGGUGGGUGACGGCGGGGGGCGAGGGGGAGCCCCCCCUCGAGUUGGAGCUGAUGAAGGUAGAGGUGUGGGGAGAUGGAGGGGAAAUGCGUGGGGAACCUGGGCAGGAGGUUAAAGGCGGGGGGAGGUUCUGGAGGGUAUAGUGGGUCUGGGGGUUUUCUGAGGGGAAUUUACGGGA